GGACGUCAAAUCCAGAUACCACGUAGUCCAGUCUGCUCCACCAUUUAUUCCACCGACAUGCCCUCUUCCGGCAUUCGCUGUCCAGACUCGCCCGCCUUGUGAAAGCCUCCUCUCGCCCUUUUGCUGCUUUUGACUUUGGCGGACCCAAAAGGGCAGGCCAGAGGUUCAGGGUCCACCACACGCAUGACGCGCCGCCGCAGCUAGCUAGCUGAUCCCAGCCCGCGCCCGCCAGGCAGAUGGAGCCUCGAGCUCCGUCACCUGGAAUCCCGCAUCCGCUACAGCCUCCGCUGCAGCCUCAGAUACAGCCGCGUCUCUGCGACGUAUCCUCGACAUCGAAAGCGUCGAGCGUACAUGCGCUAAGCAUCACGCAGAGCAACGAGGCCGACGAUGAACGCUCGCUAAGCGAGUCUGACGAUCCAGCCGAGGACGACGACGACGACGACGACGACUUGUUCAGCAUGGGGCCGGACAGCAGCACUGUUCGGGAUGCGACGGAGAGGCCCAUGUACGAAGGCGAGGACACGCGAUAUACGAGCAGCAAGGAGCUGAGGGGAUUCUUCAUGUAUGGAUGGGCCGCUGAGGUUUUCGUCGUGUGCGGUAUGGGAUCUUUCAUCCCCAUCACGCUCGAACAGCUGGCGAGAGAACGAGGAUGGCAAGAGAACGACAGAAGCAAGCCGUGCACUGCGGGGGUACACGUACCGGCCUCGUUCCCGAAUUCGACGGCGAACUUUGCAAAGCCGCCCGCGGGCGAUGCACAGCAAUGUGUAGUAGAUAUAUUGGGCGUGGAAAUCAACACUGCCAGUUUCGCCAUGUACACGUUCUCCAUAAGUGUGCUCGUCCAGGCAUUGAUCAUCAUAUCCAUGUCCGGCGCUGCAGACCAUGGUAGAUUCAGAAAGACCUUCCUUCUUACCUUCGCAUUUGCUGGGAGUACGGCGACAAUGCUGUUUCUGCCCAUAGUGCCUGCAGUGCUCGUACUUGGGGCUUUGCUUGCAAUCAUUGCGAACACGUGCUUCGGUGCGUCUUUUGUGCUUCUGAACUCCUUCUUGCCGCUCCUCGUUCGACAUCACCCUGAGGUGCUCUUGGACGAUUCGAGCGAGGAGGAAUACUCGGAAACGUCAGUAGACGAGAAUGAGAGGGAAAGUCCGGAAGGGCCAGAAGAGACGACAGCCCUUCUGUCAAGCGAUCCGACAGCAGUAAAGGAUGAUGACCGGCAACCUCCGACUUCGACUUCGCGAGAACUGCGCCUCUCGACACGGAUAUCAUCUUACGGCAUCGGCAUAGGUUACAUCGCCGCACUUAUAGUACAAGCGGCGUGCAUCAUGGCAGUACGCCUCAUGCAAUCCACUCUUUUCUCCCUCCGCCUCGCUCUCUUCAUAAUUGGCGCAUGGUGGUUUGUCUUCACGAUUCCCGUCGCGUUUUGGCUGCGGUCACGACCCGGCCCACCACUGCACCUUGAUCCAAACAAGAGCAACAUGGGAACGGCAUGGGAAUACUUCAAGUAUUCCUGGAAGUCGCUUUGGCGGUCUGUGAGACAUGCAAGGCGCUUGAAGGAUGUCCUCCUGUUCUUGGGCGCGUGGUUUAUGAUUUCCGAUGCGGUGGCGACGGUGAGCGGCACGGCGAUUCUAUUUGCAAAGACGAGCCUUGAGAUGAAACCCGCCAGUUUGGCACUGAUCACGGUCACGGCAACAGUAUCUGGCAUCGCAGGCGCCUUCACAUGGAGCAAGCUCUCUGUCAUGGUUGGACUACGACCUGGGCAAACGAUUUUGGCAUGCAUCUGCCUCUUCGAACUUAUCCCGAUCUAUGGGCUACUCGGUUACAUACCUGCGAUACGCAGACUAGGAGUACUUGGUUUGCAACAACCGUGGGAAAUGUACCCGCUAGGUGCUGUGUACGGCUUUGUCAUGGGAGGUCUGUCAAGCUUCUGCAGAUCUUUCUUUGGCGAGCUCAUUCCUCCUGGUUUUGAGGCCGCAUUCUACGCGCUGUACGCCAUCACAGACAAAGGAAGCAGCAUCUUUGGUCCGGCCAUUGUGGGUGCCAUUACCGAUGCCACGGGCGAAAUCAGACCAGCGUUCUGGUUCUUGGCUGUCUUGAUAGGCUUACCCUUUCCGCUGAUGUUGUUAGUCGACGUCGAGCGGGGCAGGAGAGAUGGAAUUGCAAUGGCUCAGGAAUUGGAAGAGGCAGAGGCGCUAGAAAGCAGCCACGAGUAUGCGAGAAACGAUCCAGGUCCGAUACAUCUAAUCGACGAGGAAGAUGACGAGCGGAGGGGAUAAUGUCCCUUUGUUUCAUUGCGGCUUUACAAAUGUGUUCGUCACGUAGCAAACUAUCUGGAGAUCUGUGGCAUCGGUCGCGUCGCGCGGAGAAUAGAUGGAGAGUCGUCCUUCAUUUGGCAUUGUGUUGCGGUCAGCAUUCUCUCGGCGCAAUGUGGUUUGAUGCAUAGCAUUGUUAUACAUUGGCAUUGUGCGGGUGUUGAUUUUGCACACCUCGCAAGUUUGAAUAGUAAUCACUUGGCACCACUCGACUUUUGCUUGCUUAGAACUACG